ACAGACUGGAUAGCUCAAUUCAAUAGGUACUCUUAGAUGAGAACAGGAAAUCUAACAACAUGAAGUCAGUCGUCCUGUGGAUCCUCCUUUUUAAUGCAAUAAGCUGCAGUUUCAGUGCCAGGAUACUGGCUAUGGUUCCUUAUCCUGGAAAGAGUCAUUACGUCUUUGUCUCUGCCAUUCUUAAAGCCUUGCAUCGAGGAGGACAUCAUAUAGUCGAGUACAGUCCCUUCCCUCCCAGUAAACCGUUGGCUAACUACACCCACGUGGAAGUCCACACGGAAUUCGAAAAGAAAUCUCAAAAUUGGACUUUCGACCAAUUUGCACAAAUACUCAAAAAAUCCGAUAGCAUGUGGCCCAACCCUUUCGAAUUCAUGGAUGUCUGGCACAAUAUGAAAGCAAUUUGUGAAGAAACUUUUCAGCACGAGAGUGUAAAAAAACUUAUAAACUCUAAUGAGCACUUUGAUCUUGUAAUAAUAGAGUCCUCUUUCGGACAAGAAUCACUGUUGGUGUUCGGGAACAGAUUUGGAGCACCGACAGUCACAAUGCAGGGAUUCUCAGGUAUUCCUGCUCUGAAUACAGAUGCUGGCAACGCCUUGUCUAUAGCUACCAUUCCUGAAAUGACUUUAGUUGCGACAGACAAUAUGACCUUUGUGCAAAGACUACUCAACCUUUUAUCAAUCACAUGCUUUCUGCUACUCUACUACAACUAUCAGUUGCCCAUCCAAGACAAAAUCCUACAAGAAUACUAUAUCCAGGAUGCACCCAGCAUUGGUGAACUGGUUGUAAAUGUCUCUCUUUACCUCAUCAACAGCCAUCCUGCUGUUGAGUAUCCGAGGCCAUACACUCCAAAUAUCAUCCCCAUCGCAGGCAUCACUAUUUCUCCUGACAGAACACCACUUCCCAAGGAUCUCAAGCAAUUUAUGGAUGACGCCAAGGAAGGAGUGGUGUACUUCAGUUUGGGGACAGUUGUGCCAGUUCAUGUCCUUCCAGAGAAGCUGCUUCAAGCAUUUGUCAGUGCUUUCAAGAAACUGCCACAGAAAGUUGUUUGGAAAAUUAAUCUCGACAGUAUUCAAAAUCUUUCCAAAAAUGUGAUGCUCACAAAAUGGGUACCUCAACCUGGAGUGUUAGCUCACCCCAACUGUGUCUUGUUCAUGACACAUGGAGGAGCAUUCAGCCAACAGGAAGCCAUCCAUGCAGCAGUACCAACUGUUGGUAUUGCAUUUUUUGGAGAUCAGCCCGCCAAUGUCAAGUUUGCAGAGCACUCUGGUAUCGGUGUCAGUCUAGCUUUUGAUAAAAUUUCAGAGGAAACUAUCUCUACAGCAAUUAACAAGGUUCUGAAAAAUCCUAAGUACAAAGAGAAUGCUCAGCGACUAUCUCGCAUAUUUAAAGAUAGACCAAUGUCCCCGGCUGACUCAACAGUGUUCUGGGUGGAGUAUGUGCUGAGGCAUGGAGGAGCUCAUCACCUGAGAUCUGCAGCCACACAACUGUCCUGGUACCAGCUGGCUCUCCUGGAUGUUCUGGCAGCUGUCGUGGCUGUCAUUGUCAUCCUGUGUUUGGUCCUGUGGAAAUUAUUGUCAUUAGUCUUUUGUAGGAAAGGACAGAAAAAUGUUUCCAUGAGUAAGAAGAAAAACUGAUCAUCUUGGGUUAAUUUGGUGUGGAAGUGUUAAACUUUGUGUCACAUGCAAUUAUGAGAUGGUAGGAAUCAGCCUGUUGUAUUGGAUUUAAAUCGGAAGACCCAUUAGCAGGGAAAUGUAAUGUAUCAAAUGAGACGCCAUUCGGAAGUCUCUGUAGAAGAAGUAGACAGUAGACGGUAAAAAAUACUUUACUUCAAGAAAGUUUAAAAUACUUUUAAACAAACAGGUCAUAGAGCUCACUUUUAAAUACUAUUAACAGAAGAAAAGAAAUUACAGCAUACAUUAUUAGUUGUCACCCAGUAUUUUUACAAUAUUAUCAGUUCCUCACUACAUCAUAACUUUCAACAUUCCACAAAAUAAUAAAAUGCAUUUUCUAUGUUUAACAGAGCAAGUAUCUGAACAAUAAAUUCUGUGACAAAAUAUUUACUGUAACUGUAAAUUUUAAAUGAAAUAUCAACAAUAAAUAAAAUACUAAUAAAAAUCAACAAUAGUUUUUAUGGUACAUCUAAUGAACAAAUCUGCAAUAAAUAAACAAAUACAAAUCAACAAUAAUAUACAGUAAAUAACUGCAGAUCAACAACAACAUACAGUAAAUUCUAACAGAAAUACCAACAAUAACUAUGCAAAAUUAACAUUAAAUAAAUAUAUUUCUAGUGCUGAACAAAGUUUAAAAACUAUUUACUAAAUAUAAAAUUUAGUGAUACAUAAACUAUGCUGCAGAGAUGCAGACUAAUACCAUUAUUAGAUAUUAAUUUCAUUUUUUGAGAAUUGCGAGGGAAUGUAGCUGGAUAACAUGGUGCUAAUGUCUGAUGUAGGAUCAGGACAUUAUCGAGUGACUUGCAAGGAAUAAAAAUAUUGUUUAUUAUGAUGUUUUUAAAUAAAUAUUUUAUAUAUCAUCACGAUACAUAUUUAAAAAACUAUGUUAAUUAAAAAAAAUCCAGUAUUUUCAAUUAUUUAAAUAUUGAACUUUAUUUAGUAAAAUGUACCAAAAUAACUGUAUCACAUAUGUGAAAUACAAUGUAAUUACAUUUGUGUUGAGUUAUAUAAACAGAUUAUUACAAUUUUAUUAUUUAAGUCAGUCCUUUUCAUCACAAAACAUCCAGAAACAUAAAAUUAUGGAUUCUGAUUAUUAUUAAGAAUUUAUGCUAAAUUCCUUGUUAUAUUUUAAUUCUACUAAAAAACUAAAACCGGUACAAGGAAGAGUUACGUUCAGGGCCAAAAAUAGAGGGUAGCAGGUAUGGGGCUUGUGCCAGAGCAGGAAGUUUUUGGAAAUAAGGAAAGUUUACUGCUGAGUUUUUGUCUAAAAAAUGUUUAGACUUUUAAUUCGCUUAAUUUUAGUUGUACUUUGUUCAUGUAUAAAUACUAUGGACAUUAAUUUUAGGCUAUACAUAUGGCAAUGCACUUGUUAUUGCUGCUGAGCAGCAUUCAUUUAUCUAAUGUUAAAAAAAAAAUAAUAUUCUGACUGUA